ACACAUUUCACACAAAACUGGCACUGCAUAACCACACCACAAGAUUAACGCCUUUCAUUCUGUUGUUGAUAUUACAGUCUAUAGUCCUUAUAAUCGGGCCUCCCCCUCCUGAGUCACUUGUGAGCUGUUGGAGAAAGAGCCGUCAUACAUCACACCUGUCGUCCUAAGCCAGCACUUCCUCCUCCAUGCGUUCCUGGUGACAUCCCUGCAUGCAGCCCGAAGAACUUGAACAAUAAGAGCACAGGCAGUAUCGGUCCUCCUCCACUAAGCCAGAGUCCAAGUCUAGCUACUUUAUCUUUAUAUACUCGUGGACGAUGGAUGACCCAGUCGCCGAAAUCCCGCGGAUCAUCCGAACACUAUGCACCGCUCCUCCGGCGCUUCAACGAGCAACAAUAGAAACCUACUUCACCCCUUCGGCAUCAUUCACCCACCCAUUCUGCCGGACCGGAAGCUUCGCGGGCUCAAUAUGGUUGAUCAUCAUGAUUUAUCGAUGGUACAAGAUCCUAAGUCCACAUAUUGAUGUUUGGGUGGACAGUGUUGCAUUCGACAGAGACAACCUCCUUCUCUACGUCUCGAUCCGGCAGAACUUCAAGCUGUGGAUCGUGCCCUUUUACAAUGCACCCGUGAAGCUGGUUACUGUUUUGCAGUUGACUACCGAUCCUGAACAGCCACCGCCACCACUACCUGGUCCUCUGGAGUUGGUUCUUCGAAAGGUAAGAGGAGAGAGCGACGGAAAUGUGAGGAACAGACGGGCGUCAAGGAAUGGAAUCAACGGCGGUUCUUCUUCGAAUUCUUCAACAACGACACAGGAUGGCCGUCAGCAGCAGUAUUAUUACAUUCAGUCGCAGAAUGAUCUGUACCAGACGAGUGAGUGGAUCAAGUUUCUUGUCCCGUGGGGGAUAGGUGUUUUCCUCGUUGUUGUCUGGCAGUUCAGUGCUACUAUUGCCUGUGUGGUGGGAACCAAGGUCUUUGAUUUUUUGACCUGGGUGCCGAAAAGGCUUUACCGUGCUCACUUUGAGGUGUUUGAUAACGAUAAGCGAGUGUUUGGUGCGGAUUAAGUUUUCGAACACUGCUUUGGCGGGUACCUUGGUCACCGGAGAGGAUGGGCAUGGACUUCUAAUUUGGUGUGGGAGGUACAGUAUGACAGUACAUUCAUCGAAACCACUAAAUGACAUGUCGUUGGGGGAAAAGGACCUGCCUGAUACCCACUAUCAAUUCUGAGGUUCGCAUUUUGCACAAUGGAUAUUAUGUUAUUGUAUACACUUGUAGCCUAGACUCGAAUACAACCUCAUUAUCCUACACUGGCA